AUGUGUCUAGAACUGGGUAAUAGGUUUAUACGUCCGUUGAACCCCCACAAGGCGGAAGUUGAAAGGCGUGACAAUACUCCAGUGGUCAUAGAUGAGUACGAGGCUUUGGUUACAGUUUCUGAUGACGCCGAUGGUAACACGUCGUUUGAAAAAGCCAAGGAAGACAAGAGUUAUGACCGCUUAACUUACAUUCGCGAUGUGCGCAAUGCCAUUGGUGGAAGGGUCCCUAUGGACCCUGAGAAGGUAUACACAGUUCAUGCUACGUUACCUGUCGGUGAGAUGCUAGUGCUCGCUACUGCUAGUGGUUGUUCUCUUUUGAGUAACCCUGAAGAAGAUGCUAGUGGUAAGGUCGAAUAUCUAGAGUUCACUUUCCGUCUCGCUGACCUUGAGGAUUGUGCAAAGGUUACUGAUAGCAUAAUUACCGGUCUUCAGUCGGAGAUAGUCGCCGCAUGGGGAAGCCUUGGAGGUACAUCUGCGGCGAAUGAGGUUGCAUCAUCUACCACACUUCAAGGUAUCGGUAUGAGGACUAACAACCAGACCUCUCGACAGACGAGUGCCGGUGACUCUGCCAUGAAUAUCGGUAUCCAAGACAUGGCGAAUGCGUUCAUUGCUGCUAACCUCGAGGUUAGAAUGAUACCUACAUCUGCAGACGGUGUCCUAGUGAUGCACUUUGACCUUAACGGGUCCGCCAGUGCGAAGGAGAUUGCUGAGAUGAUGGCAAACAUUGAUAUGGAGAAGCUCAAUAGUCUUAGCGAGGCUAUAAAGGCUGCCAACGAGAAGAUCGUUAAUGCGAGCCCUGAAGAGCUUAAACAAAUGGAAGAUCAGCUUAAGGCUAUGUAUGAGCGUGAUCUUGAAGAGUUACGUCGUCAUGUUGAUGAGAACAAGAAGUUGCUCGAGGAAUUGAGCAGUGAUGGUGUCACUGAGCUUGUAUGUUCAUCUCUUGCUUUGGGUGACUGUAAGUCUGUAUCUAAGUGCAGUGUUGUGAAGCUGAAUGGCGAGGAAACAUGUGCCGUUUCACCAAAGACUGUAUUUUUGUUGAUGGAGACUGGCUGUGGUUUACAGUCAAAGGCCGGCCUUAUGUCUAUUGUACGUGACAUUGUGGGUAGCGGGCUCAUGACGGAGGAGAAUCACCAGACGCUUCGUCAUAGCUUCGACCUCCAUCAGAUCUGCAACGCCAUUGUACACACAUACAUGUCUGCCGACAUAUCGGAGACUGACCAGCACGAGACUAAACGUAGUUUCGAGUUGUAA